AUGAGUCUGAAGGAGUACAUCUACAAGCAGGUUGAAGGAGGCGGCCUGCUAGCCAGCGUCUGGUACAAGUCUGGGCCCGAAGAGACGGGAAAACCCAUCGUUCUAGGCCACAAGGACAUGUUAUCCCAAGACUACAUCCAGCAGCUGCUAGACUUGGGAUUCGGAGCGGUCGUUUCGCCAAACUACCGACUUGCUCCCACGAUUUCUGCAGCCGAGGGGCCUGUCCAGGAUGCCAAGGAUAGUUACCUAUGGACCCAGACACAGCUGCCGGGGCUUUUGGCCAAGGACGCCAAUAUUCGCCUUGAUGGGAGCAGGAUUGUGACUUUGGGCCACUCUGCCGGAGGGACCCUGGCCCUUUUGAUGGCUUCGCUCCCCCAGAAACCACUUGCAAUCCUCGACAUCUUUGGUCUCAAGUACUUUAACGAUGAUUUCUACACCAAGCCCAACCCCGCGUUCCUCAAGCUACCGGACUUUGACCAGGCACUACUGGAUAGAAUCUAUCAAGAUCUUCCUGCCCCAAGUGCCGGGCCACCUCCCUUGGGACCAAACGGGCCUGAUCUCAACAACCACCGCGUUGCCUGGCUCCUUACUGCUUUCAAAAAGGGCACGUGGCUGAGCUCAAUCGUGCCAGAUGGGAACUAUAGCGGGAUUGACCCAGCCACGCUCUUUGGCUCUUCGUUUCCUCCUACAUACUUCCUGCAUGGGGCGGCGGAUACACUGGUUGAUGUUGAGUUCUCUCGAAGAGCGUUUGAGGAGUUGAAGAGUAAUGGUAUUGAUACUAAGCUCGUUGUUGAAGAGGGAGCACCGCAUGGCUUUGAUGCCGGGUCGAAGCCCGGGGAGCGUAAGUAUGAGCUUGUGACGGCGGGUUUCAAAUUCCUUGCCAGCUGUGCUACCUAA